AUGUCUCUUCCCGGUCUAGAGCUCACGGAAACGUCACCUGAGACGCAAUAUGCUCCUCCACCGCCAACGCAGGUGAGCCUGCGCGCCGGAUGCGAAUGGAGGUUUGAGGUCGCUUUUGGGACAACAGUGCGAGUGAAGCUCCUAGCCGGUACUGCAGAGCUCUUCGGCACCGAACUCGCCCAGUCACAGACCUACACUUUCUCCGGAACAAAGGCGGCCAUAUACACCUGGCAUGGCUGCACGCUCGAAGUCAGUGCCGGCGAUGCCGUUCCUCUACCAAAUGGAUUCGCCCCGGGCGGCGCCAAUGGCAUGGCUCGUGGACAGGGAGCGGGCGGAUGUCAGAGCGAAUACGUCGCGGAGGACACGCCCAUGGUGGAAUACGCCAACGUCCACUUUGCGCUGGAGACAAUGAGACAGGAGGCCCAGAGCAGUGGUGGGAAAGAUGGACCGCGCGUCCUGAUCCUCGGCCCAGAGAAUGCCGGCAAGACCAGCCUGGCGAAGAUAUUGACGAGCUAUGCGACCAAGAUGGGACGACAGCCCAUCGUGGUGAACUUGGACCCGACGGAGGGCAUGUUGAGUGUCCCGGGGACGCUGACAGCGACGGCAUUCCGGUCGAUGCUCGAUGUCGAGGAGGGCUGGGGGAGCAGCCCGAUGUCUGGGCCCAGUCCUGUGCCUGUCAAACUGCCGCUGGUGUACUUCUACCCCAUGCAGAGCCCUCUCGAGGCCGAGGGGAGUAUUUUCAAGCCCAUCGUGUCGAGACUGGCUCUGUCGGUGACAGGUCGCAUGGCUGAGGACGAGGAUGCCCGAGAAGCCGGGAUCAUUGUUGAUACCCCUGGAAUCCUCGGCCAAGGGAGCGCGAAGGCACUCGAACUGAUCCACCAUAUUGUCACGGAAUUCUCCAUCUCGACGAUCCUGGUCAUCGGCUCCGAACGGCUCUACAGCACCAUGGUCAAGAACUAUGACCAGAAGCCGACGUCCAGCGCGUCGGCGACACACUCGGACGAGCGCAUCUCAGUAGUGAAGCUGUCCAAGUCGGGGGGAUGUGUCGACCGGGACGCGAACUUCAUGAAAGCCGUGCGCGAGUCGCAGAUCCGAUCGUACUUCUUCGGCAGUGCCGUGCCGUCCACGGCGUCGGCGGCGCUCUCGCUGUCGGCCAGCUCGGCGAGCACGAAAAUCACCCUGUCUCCGCACGCGCAGCAGCUCGACUUUGAUUCCCUAGCGCUGUACAACUACGCGGUGUCGAGCGUAGACGAGGACGAAGACGAGUACGACCCUUCUCAAUUCGGGUCUGGCGAGUCAUUCCUCCCCGGCGGAGCCAAUGCAUCAGAUUAUGAAACGACACACGAUCACGACGCUUCACACACUACCACAACUACCACCAGUGGUACUACUACCACUUCCUCACUCCCUGGUCUUGGAACACAAUCCACCACCAAUACCACUACCACCAGUGACAACCCUGACCUCACAACCACAGCAACCACCACAACAACGACAACAUCAACAUCAACCUCCGACGUUCCUCUCCUAAAGAAAGUCCCCUCCCCUCCUCCCUCCAUGCUAGCCAACACCCUCCUCGCCAUCACCCACGUGCCCCCGAACGCACCCCUAUCGGAAGUCCGCGACGCCAGCAUCAUGGGCUUCGUCUACGUGGCCGACGUCGACGUCGAGAAGGGGAAGAUACGCGUCCUGGCGCCCGUCGGGGGAAGAAUGCCUUCGCGCGCGCUGGUCUGGGGCAGGAAGUGGCCUGGGGAGUUGGUGGGGUUGGUGGGAUAG